GACCCCGCCGGCCCCGCCGCCAUGUCGGAGGAAAAGCCCAAGGAAGGCGUGAAAACGGAGAACGAUCACAUCAACCUGAAAGUGGCGGGACAGGACGGCUCUGUGGUUCAGUUCAAAAUCAAGCGGCACACUCCACUGAGCAAGCUGAUGAAGGCCUACUGCGAGCGGCAGGGUUUGUCGAUGAGGCAGAUUAGAUUCAGAUUUGAUGGACAGCCCAUUAGUGAAACAGACACGCCUGCACAGCUGGAGAUGGAGGAUGAAGAUACUAUCGACGUGUUCCAACAGCAGACAGGUGGAGUGUGUUAAGACAUGCCGUCCUUUUGAGAAGAGGAGUUUUAAGGAUCCUCAUCACACCUCACUCUCUCAUCUGUCCUUCGAUUUGCUGAUAAAUAGAAGACAAAUGAACAUGCCAAUCACACAGGAUUCUUCUAAACUUUAGAGGACAUUUACCAAAAUUAUUUGUUGUCUUUGACGUACUGCGUGUGCAAGUCAAAACAGUAUCUGCAGGGAUUAAUCUGUAUCUUAAAUUGGGCCAAUUUGAUUUUAAGUUCAGAUUAAGUAAUAUGCAUUGCCUCUCUGCUGUUACCUUUUUUUGUUGUUGUUUUUUUUUUUUUUUCUCUCUUCCUGUUUUUUUUCUUUAAACCUAUGGCCUAGAUAUUCAUCCAUGUGUUAGGACAUGGAGUGUUCAUUCCUGGCUUUUGUCGGUCUUGCCCCUCUGUUUAAUUCCAAUCAUGUAAAUAAUUCAGUAUAUUUUCAUGCCAAUUGUGAGCAUAAAAGUCUCUUCUUAAGAGAUGCCUAAGAGAAGAAAAAGAGAUGCUGAUUUGAAGCUUCUAGUAACUGUUGCAAACAUGGUUCCUUCAGAAGCAUGAAGCCUAUGACACAAGGCUGGUACCUGGCAAUACAGUGGAGUAGAUUUUGAGGUUAAAAUAUUGCAGAUUUCUGUGUGCUUUGUCAUAUUAUGAUAAAGUUAUCUGAAGUAUACUUUUUUUAAUGCUGAAAUGAGAUUUGCCAUUAAUUAUUGUCAGGAAUGGAGUUCACAGAGCAGCUAGUCCAAAAACUAAUGCUUGUGGUAGAGCAGCAGUAUGUUUUGUUGUGCAGGCUUACAAAGAGAAACCCACCACUGCAACUUCAGCCACUGGCUUGAAUGCCAAGCAGAAUCUGUCACCUUUCUCCACCUUUCUGUUUCUUAGCUGGUUCUAAAACUGUACAGCCUCUUUUUGAUGCUUGUUUUUGAUAAACAGGAUAAAUGAGGUCACAAAUCUGGUGAGUGAGGGAAGAUAAUAUGUGUGAGUGUACAUGUGUUGAAAAAAGCAAUGAUCUGCUCUACUGCCUUCCAAAACCUUCUGAAUUGUAAAUGUGUUGGUGUGAUGGAUUUGAGCUCCAUGCAAAGUGAGGUGGUUGUUCCAGAUGGAUUUUUACAAAGGCCACCCUGUUGUCCCUUGAUAGGUUGCACGCUGCUGCUCCCUGGGAUCAUUACCUGCCUUUUAUAUUUACCUGACCCCUUUGGCCAUGUUAGAGCUGGAAAUCUUGCUGGAAAGGCUCUUCUUUUCUUCUUAAUUUUCCCGUGGAUCUCAUUGUUUGUUCACUGAUUUGUACAUUUCUUUGUUGUCCUUUACUA